AGCCAUGUGCAUUCCUUACUCUAUAUUUAACAGCUGCAGUCUGUGCUGGGGGCAACUGCAACAGAGGGGAACCUCUGUAGCUUCCCAAAUUUACGGCUCGUGAGGGUGGGAGUGGGGGAAGCUUUCUGCCGGGAGAAGAGGAAUUUCCCUCUUUCCCGGUGUUUGCAAAGCAGGUUGCCUUAGAGAGAGACUGCAAUGCCAGCAUCCCAGCCGCGGUCCAGGGCAAGAGACAGGAACAAUGUCCUCAACAGGGCUGAGUUCCUCUCCCUGAACCAGCCCUUGAAGGGGAACCAGGAGAGCAGGAGCUCCGGCAGAAAGCAGAGCGGCCAGGCCGGGGCAGCCGGUGCCCAGAACAGCAACCCCAAGGAGCGGAGGCAGUCGCAGCAGCUGCCCGAAGAGGACUGCAUGCAGCUCAACCCCUCCUUCAAGGGAAUCGCCUUCAACUCCCUGCUGGCCAUCGAUAUCUGCAUGUCCAAGAGGCUGGGAGUGUGUGCCAACAGAGCCUCCUCCUGGGGUGGUGCCCGCUCCAUGAUUAACCUCCUGGGGAUAACGGGGCACGGGAUCCCCUGGAUUGCGGGCACCCUCAUCUGCCUGGUGAAGAGCAGCACACUGGCAGGCCAAGAGGUCCUCAUGAACCUGCUGCUAGCCCUGCUCCUGGACAUCAUGAUUGUGGCUGGUUUGCAGAAGCUGGCCAAGCGGAAGGGCCCGUACGACGUCACCCCUGGCUUGUUGGACUACCUGACCAUGGACACCUACGCAUUUCCAGCCGGGCAUGCCAGCCGAGCGGCCAUGCUCUCCAAGUUCUUCCUCAACCACCUAGUCUUGGCCAUCCCUCUCCGCAUCCUGCUGGUCCUCUGGGCCCUCUGCGUGGGCUUUUCCCGUGUCAUGAUCGGACGGCACCAUAUCACAGAUGUCCUGUCUGGCUUUGUUUUUGGCUACUUACAGUUCAGGCUGGUGGAGUUGAUAUGGAUGUCUUCCAACACGUGUCAGAUGUUGAUAUCCAUCUGGUGAACACGGGGGACUUGACGCUUUUCCACUGGAAACUAGCAGAUACUUUAAAAGUCUCCCUCCCGGUAUUUUCUACAUGUUUGUUGGAAGCAGUUGUAACUUCCAUGAGUAGUGGCGUUUUCUAAUGUUGCUUCCCCACCUGAAAAAAACAAUAUGUUUCUUGCAAUGGAUUGGGUUUUAGCAAUCAAGGGCCAUGCCUGUGUUUUGGCCGUAUUCUCAAACUGUGUUUGAACAGCAACCUAAUUAAGCUUUACGGGUGAGAGAAACGAGCUACAUGUCUGCCUAGUUUGGGUGGUUCACAUCAGCACCUUGAUAUGUCCUCAGGAUGGGCAGCGCCUGAGAGCUUCCUGAGAACACCUUCAUUAACUUUUUUGAGGCUAAAUGAUUUUGGCCACAGUGCUUUUUCUUUUUGUAAGCCCGGCAGUGGUGUCUUGUACGGAGUCAGGACACUGCCGGCACUUCACAGAUAAUAAAUAAUCAUAAAAAUCCUGCCCUGUUUGGUUCUUAUCGUGAGGGAGGGGACAAAAGCCAGUUCUGUGUGGCUUUGAGAUAUGUGUUCAACUUGGAAGAGGUCUUGCCGUCGUGCUGACCGAGGGGAUACAAACGAUCACUGAAAUGGUUUGCUUUGGAUGAGAUGGACCUAGAUGGGUGGUCAGGACGCUGAAGGUGGCAUGUGAAGGUGGCCUUUCAUCUGCUGUUCAAAACUCUGCUCUGUGGAUGGGGUUUGGUCUGGCAAAGGACAAUUACAAAUUGCCCAUUUUCAUCCUAAUAAGGAGUAAGUGAAUAGGCAUUGUGCUGGGUCAUGGUGAUUUUGCAAAGCAGGUCUAGAUACACAGCAAAGAGUCUUUUCCCAUCUCUUCACAGCCAUGAUUUUAUAAUUAUGCCAAAUGAUGCUGUAGAUGUGAAUUUCCAAGGUAAGUCUUGUACAGCAUUGCCUGGUUUCUGGUACACCCAGCAAUGUCGGUGAGCCGGAGGGCAGGGAGGCAGGUCUGCCCCCACCCCUGCCUCUGCUCCCCUGGCUGUAACCUUGCUACAGAGGGAAAUUAUGAGCAGUUCUGUGUCUCACCCCGUGUGAAAUGAGGAAAGCACUCCUGACCUUCCUUGAUUGCAAGGCUGAGCUAAUUGAUACCUGUGAAUGGUCUGAGAUUACUGAAUAUAGAGUUUGAUGCCCAGACACGGUGUUGUGUCUUCCCAUUAUUGACAAGCAGCCACCUUGAAACCUGGCUGAUCUUUACCCAGCUGAUGGCCAUGCUCAACGUGGUGUCUCUGAAAUGGAUCACCCCUCACAGCUGUCUAAGAAAAUCCCAUAUUUUGCACAGAACCUUCCAGUUCUCUGUGGUUUCUCUGUCUUUAGAAGAGCUUUGAUGCUUGGCAGGUGAUGGACGCUGCCAGACUCAGCACCUUCCCUGGCUGGAUGCAUCCUGCAGAAUGAAGGGAUCCUGUCACCCCUGUCCUCCUCUCUGUCCCAGGCAUUAUUACACUUGGCAGAGUUUAUCCUCACCCCUAGGAAGGAUGGAGGCAUGUUACUGCAGCUCUGAUGGCUUGUGUAUGCACCUAUGUGUACCUGGAGAUGAUGAUGUCAUUUCUGCACCUGCAAACAAGCAAACAAACCACAGGCCGGAAGACAAGUAACGAGCAGCCAUCCAAAGGAACGGCACGUUUUUCACUAGUUUGUAAAUGAAAUUCCCCCAACGUGACUUGUUUCCCCUCUCUCAUCCCAAAAAGCAAGGUGAUACUUGGAUUAGGAAAGGCUGGGGAUUGUCAGAAACUCCUUCCCACUCUUGCUCCUCGGUGAUGGGUGGGAGAUCGGUGCUGGUUUCCAGGGACCACGUGCACAACCCAGAACAGCAGUACCCUAGUUUGGGGCAGAAAAGUUCCCUCUUGCGGAUUCCUCAGCCCAAAAACAUUCAAAAUGUGCUGAAGGGGCAAGAGGGACAUUAAAGCAAACCCUCCUUCUGCAGCUCCUCAGAGCAGGGGCAGGGCAGGAGAGAUGAGCAAGACAGGGAAAGCAACAGGUUUUUGGGCACCUGCCUCGGAUCGUGACCUUCCCUGGGAGAGCACGACCAUCUCCACAGCUCUCCCCGCUGCCGUACGGGAAGAUGCCUCCCACCCCAGGAGGAAGGCACAGCUGGACUCCGACCAUCAAUCAUAUCCCGCCGGGAAGGGCUUGUAUAGGUUGUGGGAUUCCUGGUGGGGUGACUUUUUUUUCAAAGCCUCCUGCAAUAACAGCAACCGUUGCUCGGCUUCCUUUCUAGAUAACCUUUUUCCUGCUGCCCAACAUGCUUAUCUGCUGCAGACAGACUGGCAAGAUGAACCGGAAAGCUGAUACCUUAUCUCUCCCUCUCAAGGAGCCUAUUUAAGUGCUGGAAUGUGUUGCGAUGGUAAAUGAUUGUUAAAAUCCAAGUGAGGUACAUGGACCUAAGGACAGGUCCCUAUGGGAGGGAGCACCUAAUCAACAAGGAGACUUUGCGGGACUACAGCCUUU